AUGGGCAGUAUGGCGUUGCUCUCCAUGGUGCUGAUCGUGUCUCUCAGCCUCCCAGGACCGGUGCUCUCCUGUCCUCAGCUCUGUGCCUGCUAUUUCCCCACCGAGGUUCACUGCACUUUCAGAUCUCUCACCACUGUGCCUGUCGGCAUAUCAAAACAUGUGGAAAGAAUCAAUCUGGGCUUUAACAGCAUACAGUCUGUGAGUGAGACGUCGUUCUCAGGACUGGAUAAGCUGGAGCUCCUCAUGCUGCACGGCAACGAUAUCCAGAUGAUCCCCGAUCGAGCCUUCCGUGAUCUGCACUCACUGCAGGUGCUGAAAAUGAGCUACAACAAAGUGGAUGUGAUAACAGGGAAGACAUUCCGGGGCUUGAGGAGUGUACUGAGACUCCACGCUGACCACAACAGGAUCAGGUUCAUCCAUCCGGGCGCGUUCUAUGGCCUGACCUCCCUCAAGCUGCUCCACCUGGAGGGAAACCGCCUUGGCCGGCUCCACCCCAGGACCUUUGUCACCUUCUCCUUCCUGCAGUACUUUGACGUCUCGUCCAUCAAACACCUUUACCUGUCGGACAAUUCCAUACGAAGCCUUCCUCACCGCAUGUUCCGAUCGAUGCCCCAGCUUGAAAGUAUCUACCUGCACGGGAACCCCUGGGAGUGUGACUGUCGGCUCAGGUGGCUGAUGGACUGGGAGAAGGAGGCUGGAGGUCCCGUGAAGUGCAAAAAAGACCGGACGUACGCCAGCGGGCACCUUUGCUCAGUGUGCAGCAAGCCCGAGCACUUAGCGGGGACGGAGCUUUCCAAACUGCGAGCCUCUGACGUGGAGUGUCGGAAACCCAGCAUCCGGUCACCGCUGAAGAAGCUCAGCAACGUCACCGGCACCGGGUGGCGAGAGGAGGUCGAGACAGAGGACUUGGCUGAGCCAGACUAUCGGCCUCUGACGGGGGAGGUAGCUAUGAAUCUAACAGACCGUCACGGGGGAAACAGGGUGGAGCUGAGGUGCCAGGUCACCGGGCCAGAGGAACCCGGCACACGGACCCGCUGGGAGCUCCCGGGCAAUGGCGCUGUGGCUGUGAGGGUGAGCGUGAACCUGACGGUGGAGCUGGUUUGUGCAGUUGACUGGGAGCAGUUGUCGAGGGUGUGGACACUGAUCGCUUAUUACAGCGAGGAGGUGCCAUUGACUUUACGGAGGGUCGACAUGACGGAGAGUGGGGCGCGGUACUGGCAGGAUGAGGGCACUGACUACCGCACGGGCGGCGUGAAGGCCGACUUACUGGCUCGACCGGCCUGGCUGAUGCAGCCGUCGAUGGCAAUGCGGUUAGACAGGAGGCGCACCACGGGAAACCAUGCCGUGCUGUCUCUGGCCACCUCGCUGUACCGGAGAUUUACCGGCGCCGGUGAUGAUCUGGAGCUGGUGAAGCGGCCUUGGGUGCUGAUCGGAGAGACCCUCACGGAGCACGUGGUGUUACCGGGGGCCAUGUUGCGGCUGAACUGUCCAGCGGUGACCCCCACCUCCUCCUCAUCCACCUCCUCCUCCACCGAUUCCGGUGAUGGACAGCCGAGCGUGGAGUGGACAUUACCGGACGGCACCGCGGUGCGGGCUCCCUAUGUCACGGCUGAUAACCGGCUGAGCGCCACGGCGACCGGUCUGCUCACCAUCAGGGCGGUGGAUGGCCGCGACUCGGGCCCAUAUCGCUGCACGCGGCGGGUGGAGGGUGACUGGGACUCGGUGACGUACCGGGUGGCAGUGUUGUCGUUGGAGUCGGAGCCGACGUCGAGGGUGGAGAGGCCGGUGAUGGUCCGCGCCCGGCCAGGAGAGGCCGUCUCCCUGCCCUGUGCCGCCCUCGCUGUGCCCGAGGCCCGGCUGAGUUGGCUGCUCCCUGACAACCGUGUGGUGUCGGCUCCUAACGGCACGCUGGAAGUGGAGGCCGGUUUGCGCGGCGGCCGCUACACAUGCGUGGCCGUUAACCGUUAUGGGGCCGACUCGUUCUCCGUGCGGCUGCUGGUGGACAAGCCCAUCCGGCCCAGUCGGGUGUCAGGCCCCAGGGUCUUGGUGAGGCCCGUGCCCCGGGAGCGGGAGGGCUCGGGCGGGGAGGAGGCAGCGGCAGUGUUCGGCGAGGUCAGAGCCCAGCGCCGGGGUAGCACCAGGAGGUUACACAGGAGGCCGGGUGGCAACCUCAAACCCAGGCCCAGGUUUCGGCCUAGGCCUAGGCCCGACCCCAGGCCUGGGAAUAGCUCGCGGCUCAGGGCAGCCGAGGGCCGGAGGCGGGUGGGUUGGGGGAGGAGGAGGAGGCCGAGCGGGUCGACGAGGAAGAUCGAUCCACAGCGCUGGGCAGACAUUUUGGCCAGGGUCAGGGGGAAAGCAGCCUCAGAGGCCACUCAGGCCCCUCAGCCAGGGAAGGCAGUGUUAAGAGGCCAAGAUGGGCCGGAGGGCAGCGGUGAGGUUGGCCUGGGGGAAAGGCCACUGGGAGGAGGUGGACACGACACCAGGGUCAUCACUAAACCAGCCGGGCACGGCAACCAGAGAGCCAGGCAACGUCCUGUGGCCUUUCCCGGUGCUACAACCCACCCGACCAGCUUAACCGGAGCUGCUACCACCAUCGCCGCAACCAACAAAGACACAACUGGUCUAAUCAAGCCUCCAACCACCGUCACCGGGACAUCUACUAGUGUAACCGGGGUUUUCACCAUCACGACUGGUACAACUCGACCAGCUACCACCGCGGCCGAAACAUCUACUGGCAUAAUCGGGGCUGGCACCACGGGCACCACAACGGGUGGGAUGACCAGCGUAACCGACGCUCCAACUCCCACCCCGGAGGUGGCUACCGAGCCUCGGGUCACUACGGCAGAAGCGCUUGCGGGUUUAGGGUUAAGUGGUACCACAUCAGCCCAGACGCUCACGAGUCCAACCCCCUCCACAACCAAAGCAUCUGCUGCCGUCGCUGGAGCCAAGGAAACCACCGCGGCUGCCGCUGAUGCCAUGGCAACGCCCCAGCUCAGGCUCCGCAUCACCGCAGCAUCUGCCGAACCCACCGGCCCCUCCGUCUCCCCGCCAGCUCUCACAGCCACCCUCAGACCCGCGGCCAGGGGCAACGGCGCCCGCCGCCUCCCCAGGAAACGUCUGCCCGGCCACAGGCGGUACCGGCCCAACAGGUACCGGCACAGACCACGGUUCCGCCCGGCAGCCAGGAGGACACCAGCGCCGCCACUGGGCACAAUUGGGACCUCGGCAACAGCAGAGCCGGGGACUGCGUCAACGGCGGUGGUGACAGUGGGCAGAGAAACGCAGGGCUUCCGUGCCCAACCGGGGAGAGAGUCGCCGUCCGUGCCCCCCAGCAGCUCAGACCCACCUCGCCCGGUCACCGGGAGCUCAACGGCAAAACUCACCUCAACGGCAAUGACAGCCCCGAGCUUCACCGCAACCAGCCGACCGGCAACGGCCAACGGCUCCCGGGGUCGGCCGCCCUCGGAGGCACAGAGCACUGCAAAGGGUGUCGUCGCCAAUGUCUCUGAGCCACAGUCCCGGCCAUUCCCCUCCUCCCCCACAGAACCGCAGCGGCGACCUCACCCCAGCCAGGUGUCACCGGGCGGCCGGGCUCUGGGCACCGCUCGCCCGGCACCUCUGCCGCGGUCGGUCACGUCUCCUGAGGCUCCGCUCAAGUCGAACGGCAGCACGGGAUUCGCCGCUGGUGGCAUCACUGGACCGCCGUGGCACGCGGGACCCACCGCGGUGACCAGUCUGCCUCACGGCACCGGAGACCCCGAGACCGAGGGGGUCGACCCGCCGUUUCCCCCGAACACAUCAACUGCCCCCACCAGAGAGCUGCCAGUGAUCGGGGGUGGGCUGGGUGGUGCUGCCCCAACACGGGAGGGUCAGACGGGCUCCACGAGGGGUCCUGAGCUUACACCCGGCACUAAGUCCGAGACGGACCCGGCGCCUGGCACCACGGUCCCCGAGAUCGUCACAGGAAGAGCCGCCACCAAUCCCCAUCGUCAGAUCCCGGGCACCGGGAUUACCCCCCACCCUCUCACCACCAGCCCCAACGCCGGCACGAGGGGAGAUCCCGAGACCACCCACCCGCUGACCGGCCACCCGCCCGCGAGCGAUGCCCACACAGACCAAGGAGAGCGACGUCGAGGGGCUUCACAGAUCCCACCCACGUUUGGCCGUGAAGACAUGUCCACUACAUCAAGACCGGUCCCCAGUCUUAGCGCUCCGAGAGAAAGCUCCCCCAGACCCCAUGCCCCCAAAGAAAGCUCCCCCAGACCCCAUGCCCCCAAAGAAAGCUCCCCUAGACCCCAUGCCCCCGAAAAAAGCUCUCCCAAAGAAAGUUCUCUUGAAUCGAGUUCCCCCAAAGAAAGUUCUCUUGAACCUAAAAGUUCCCCCAGAGACAGCUCCCCUGGACCCACUUCCCCAAGAGAAAGUUCCCCAAAAGAAAGUCCCCCCAGACCCAGCCCCCCCAGAGAAAGUCCUGCCAUAACAAUCUCCCCCACCAGAAACACUCUCCCGCCCAGCGCUGUGGCCACGGCAACCACGCACUUGUACAGAGUCACGUUGCUGAACAGAAAGCCACCUCGUUUCCCCACGAUACCUCAGGUCAGAGAGUCGAUGGCUCACAAGUCCUCCAGAGGGUCUCAGCCUCUCCCCGGCCUCAGAGCAGCAGCAAAGGGCAAACCCAAGAUUACCAGCAGACACCUCCACACCGUGUCCGUGCAGGCGGGCAAGGACGCCAGGCUUCCCUGCAGUGCCACCGGGGAGCCCAAACCGUGGAUAUCCUGGACCAAAGUGCCGACCGGGGCAGCGAUGACGGCAAACACCAAGACGCAGCGGUUCAAAGUCCUCCCCGACGGCAGCUUUGCCAUCCGGGCGGUGGAACUGCAGGACCGCGGACAGUUCCUGUGCGCCGCCCGCAACCAGCACGGGGUGGACAAGGCUCUGGUCACAUUGGUGGUGCUUUCCCAACCGCCCAGAGUCACGGUGCCCCGGCACAGAGAGGCUGCCGUGUACCUGGGGGCCACGUUCACCGCUGACUGCCGCGGAGAGGGUCUGCCUCCUCCCCGCAUCUCCUGGCUGCUGCCGGACGGGGCCAUGCUGUGGGCACCGUCCCCUCGCCAGGCCGGCCACUCCGCGGUGGUCCUGGCUAACGGCACGCUGGGCGUGACCGAGAUCACCUUCUCGAACCGGGGGCUGUACAAGUGCGUGGCCGACAACGGCGCAGGGGUGGACGUGGCCACGGUGAGGCUGCAUGUGUCGGCGUUGCCCCCCAUCAUUGGGCAGAGCAAGGUGGAGAAUGUGAGCGUGCCCACCGGGAGGGGGGUACACGUGGACUGCACCGCCAAGGCCGCCCCUGCCCCGAGGAUCCGCUGGACGCUGCCCGACGGGACCCAGAUCAAACCCUCACAGUUCAUCAAUGGCAACAUCUUUGUCUUCCCCAACGGGACGCUGUACAUCAGGAACGCCACCAGCGCUCACAGCGGCCAUUACCAGUGUCUGGCCACCAACCUGGUAGGUUUGGCGAGGAGGGGGGUGAGCGUGCGAGUGGAGACUCCCUUGGCCCCCGCCAGGAUUAUGGCCCCCUCCCCACACAGGGUGGAUGUGGCGUACGGAAGCCCCUUACACCUGGACUGCGAGGCCACGGGAGACCCUCACCCCAAGAUACUCUGGAGGCUGCCCACCAUGAAGCUCGUGGAUUCACGUUACAGUCACGACGACAGAAUCAAGGUGUUCACCAACGGUACGCUCUCGAUCGGCGUGGCCACAGACAAGGACCGCGGUGAUUACCUGUGCGUGGCCAGGAACCAGAUGGGUGAUGACUUCCUGGUACAGCGGGUUGGGGUAGCCAUGGCUCCGGCCAAAAUCCGGCAUAAGUCAGAGACAGCCCGGCAACAGGUCACCUACGGCAAAGACCUCCGUGUGGACUGUGAGGCCUCGGGCUUGCCGGACCCCCAGGUUUCCUGGGGCCUGCCGGACGGCACCACCGUCAAUAGCCUGGCCGGCCGGAGCCGGCGAUAUGUGGUGUUCGGCAACGGCUCUCUGUACUUCAACGAGGCCGGGCCCAAGGACGAGGGGGAGUACACGUGCUACGCGGUCAACCAGAUCGGCAAGGACGAGAUGCGAGUGAGCGUCAAGGUGGUGUCUGAGCCCCCCACCAUCCGGGGAGAUGAGGGGCCGGCGGUGCUGGAGGUGCCGUACGGCGAGUCCUUCUCCCUGCGGUGUGAGGCCAAGGGGCAGCCACAGCCCUGGCUCGCUUGGUUUUCACCGUUCAACCGUUACAUCCCACCCUCGUCCGCCAAAUACCGGGUGGGCAAUGACGGGACCCUUCUGGUGAGGGACGGGCAGAACACAGACUCCGGUAACUACACGUGUGUGGCCAGGAACGCUGCGGGCGAGGGCAGGCGGGUGGUGACCGUGAGAGUGAGAGCGGAGCCGCCUCGGAUCGUCGUCGCAGAUCGGCGUCUCUUCUCGGGGGCUGUGACGGAGACAGUGUUGGCCGGUGCCCGCAAGCUGAUCGACUGCCAGGCGGAGGGCGUGCCCUCUCCCAGGGUGACCUGGCUCCUGCCCGGUGGAGCGCCGGCCACGCUCACCUCUCACCGCGAUGGAGGGAGGGUCACGGUUCACGCCAACGGUACCUUGGACAUCCGGAAUGCUGGGAGGAUGGACGCCGGACGGCUGAUGUGCCUCGCCAGCAAUAAGGCGGGCAAUGCCAAGCUGACAGUGGAGCUGGAGGUGGUGGAGGAGAAACCAGCGGUGAAGCCGUCGUUUGCCGACUCGCCUUCCUCAGCCGGUGUGAUCUCGGCAGCCACCGGGGGCAGCACCGUGCGGCUAGACUGCUCCUCCCGGGGCAGCCCGGCUCCCGACACGGUCUGGUACCUGCCGAGUGGCGAGCGCCUGGCAAGCGGGCAGCGUCUGGGCAAGGCUCACCACGGGGCCAACGGCGAGCUCCACAUCAGCCAGCCCACCGCGGCCGAGGCCGGCAAGUACCGGUGCGUGGCCAGGAACGUGGCCGGCUCGGCCGAAAGGCUGGUGACGCUGGAGAUCAGUCAGGAGCCGGAGCCGCGGAGCCACUACUCAGGGCUGGUGCGGGUGCUGAACGGUGAGAACAUGCGGCUGGACUGCGCGGUGGGCGGGGGCCGGGGCCACGCGCGGGUCACCUGGAUCCUGCCAAGUGGCACAGUGCUCAGCCGCCCGCAAAGCCUGGGACGCUUCUCCCUCCUACGCAACGGCUCUCUGGCCGUGCGCCACGCCUCGGUGUACGAUCGCGGCACCUACCUGUGCCGGGCGUCCGAGGGCCCGGGCGCCCCUCAUGCCAGGGUGCCCGUCAUCGUGGUGGCUUACCCCCCCCGCAUCACCACCGGCCCCGCUCCCGUCACCUACGCCCGGCGGGGAGGGGGCGCCGUGCGGCUAGACUGCGCUGCCACCGGGACCCCCCCGGCCGAGGUGAGCUGGGAGCUGCCGGGCCAGGGCCGGGUGACCUCUGCCAACCGUGGCCGACUGGUGGGCAACAAGUACCUGCACCCCCAGGGGGCGCUCGUCAUCCAGAGCCCCACCUCCGGCGACACCGGCUUCUACAGGUGCAUCGCCACCAACCUGCUGGGCAGCGACGUCAAGACCACCUAUGUCCACGUCUUCUGAUUGACACGGCCAAUCGUUUCACAGCGUUCGUUACCCCCGUUAACCCUAACCCCACCAUCUCGCCCCCCCCCCCCAUUAAAGGGCAUCUCAAUGAUCUUCGGGCAACUGGUUCGGACCCCCUCAAACCAGCUUGCUCUCUCUUCCCCCACC